UCAGGCUGCUACACUUAUUGUAGAUGGUUCACCGACAUCUCGGAAAAUACCCGAUACGAUGUUCGGGAUCUUUUUCGAGGAGAUCAAUCAUGCAGGAGCUGGUGGUCUAUGGGCAGAGCUUGUAAGCAACAGAGGUUUUGAAGCUGGGGGAUCGACCACUCCAUCGAACAUUGAUCCUUGGUCGAUAAUAGGGAAUGAAACAAACAUAAUUGUCGGAACCGAUCGUACUUCUUGUUUCAGUCAGAAUAAGGUCGCUCUUCGAAUGGAAGUCCUGUGUGAUAUCGGUGGAUCGAUAACUUGUCCAACUGGUGGUGCUGGUAUAUAUAACCCGGGUUAUUGGGGCAUGAAUAUAGAACAAGGGAAAACAUAUAAAUUGACAAUGUAUGUUAGAUCAAUGGAUGCAGUGAACUUAUCAGUUUCACUUACAAGUUCAGAUGGAUUGCAAAACCUGGCUACAGCUAACAUUGUGACUGCUGCUUUGGACAUAGCAAAUUGGACAAAAGUAGAACUCCUGCUGGAAGCCGAAGGAACAAAUGUUAAUUCAAGACUUCAGAUUACAACUGCACAAAAAGGCAUCAUAUGGUUAGAUCAAGUAUCACUCAUGCCAUUAGAUACGUACAAGGGGCAUGGUUUUCGGGCGGGGCUUGUUUCCAUGCUAGCAGACCUUAAACCUAGGUUCAUUAGAUUUCCAGGUGGUUCUUAUGUUGAAGGCGAAUGGCUAAGGAAUGCAUUUCGAUGGAGAGAAACUGUUGGUCCAUGGGAAGAAAGGCCCGGCCAUUUUGGCGAUGUUUGGAAGUACUGGACUGAUGAUGGUCUCGGCUAUUAUGAGUUUCUUCAACUUGCCGAAGACCUCGGUGCAUCUCCAGUGUGGGUAAUUAAUAAUGGAAUCAGCCAUAACGAUCAAGUUGAUACUUCUACUAUCCCAGCAUUUGUUCAGGAUGCACUUGACAGCAUGAAUUUGCUAGAGAGUGACCCUGACUCUAAGUGGGGCUCUGUUAGAGCAUCAAUGGGACAUCCUGAACCCUUUGAAUUGAAAUAUGUUGCACUAGGGAAUCAAGAUUGUUGGAAGAAAAAUUAUCGAGGGAACUACCUCAAAUUCUACUAUGCCAUAAAAGCUGCAUAUCCAGACAUUCAACUUGUUUCAAUUGUGAUGGUUCUGCUGUGCAAGUUAGAUCAUCCUGCUGAUCUCUAUGAUUUUCAUCUUUAUACUUCAGGUAAUGACAUGUUCACAAGAGCCCAUCAGUUCGAUCGCACAUCACGGUCUUCAACAGGCCCUAAGGCAUUUGUGAGUGAAUAUCUCGACCACGGAAGCAAUGUAGGGCAAGGGACCUUUUUCUCUGCAUUAGCACAAGCCGGCUUCCUCAUUGGAUUAGAAAUAAACAGUGAUGUGGUUGAAAUGGCAAGCAAUGCACCACUUUUUGAUCAGCGAUUGCCAAUUUUGGGGGGUGAUAAUGUGAAUCUCAAGAUCGCUGUUUCUGGUCUACAAAAUGUUGUCAACUCAUCCGGAUCAACAACUACUGUUCUUACUUCCAAGAAUUUGAUGGAUGAGAAUUCUUUCAAGGAACCAAACAAGGUGGCGCCCCUUCAAAAUAUGCUCCAAAAUGCGGGAACAAAUAUGGAUGUUGUGAUUGUCCCGCAUUCCUUAACAUCAUUUGAUUUAGCACUUUCUGAAACAAAUUACUGGUCUGCAAUUUAA